AUGAGAUUGGCCGCCGUGGCCGGAAUCGAGUGUAAAAUGCCUGGAAUCGACCAGACGUCCCGCCGCGCCACUGAACGAUGGCUGCGAGGCUCCCGGCCCGCGCUGCUCCGCGCAUGCGUACUCCGCGCCGUCCACAGCGCCGCCCGCAAUGUGUAUCCCGACGCUCCUGCCGCGCACUUGGCUUUCCAUUACUUGCCCACG